AUGCCCAACUUUCCCCUUUUCUUCGAGUCGACACCUGUCCUGUGCUUACUCUUGUUCUGGUUCUCUAUAACGCCAGCCUACGGACUCGCUGGAUCGCAGACAAUCCGACUCUACCUCGUCGAGUUACUGAGCAGAGACUCACGCGCAAUGACAGUUCCCAAUGGAGAUGAGGCAUCGGGUGCCUCGACGUUUUCCAAGCUGUGCGCCGAUGCAGGCCUCCUAAAGCGCCCGGAGGGAUUGAAAGACGGAGACGCAGUGGAUGGCUUUACAGACGAGGCCACACUCUUACGCUUUCUACAGGCGAACGAUAUGGACUCCACGAAAGCCCUCGAGCAGUUGAAGCAGGCGACCGACUUCCGCGCCAAAAACGACGCGUUCCGUAUAUACGACCGGAUCAGUGUGCCUGAUUACGAGGACACGCGUGCGUUGUAUCCUCAUUGGACAGGCCGCUGCGAUCGGGAAGGACGGCCGAUUCUCAUGAUGGACGUCUCCGCGUUGGGGAAGGAGGGAAUGGGCGAAUGGCGCAAGACGAAGCAAAUACCCCAAGCGACACUAUCCGGACCAGACGCGGACCCUGAGAUAUCCCCCAACAUGCCACAGCGUGCACUGGCGCAUUUCGACUAUUUUACGCGGUUUGUCCUGCCGCUGUGUUCGGCUGUACAGGGGAAGCCCGUCACGAGUUGCGCGUAUGUCGUGGACGCUGGGCCGCUUUACAUGAAACAAGCGUGGGAGCUGCGCGAGUUCGCAAACGAUAUCAGCUGGAUCCUGGCGACAUGCUUCCCGGAGACCAUCUAUCGCAUUUAUUGCUGCAACGUCCCGGGCUUCCUCGCCCGAUGCUGGGCGUUCUUAAAGUCGUUCGUCAACCCGGUCACUGCAUCCAAGAUCCAGUUCUUGACGAAGGACAACGCAUACGAUACAUUGAGGGAGACUAUUGAACACGACAAUAUUCCCACUAGUAUCGGUGGCGGAUUUCAAUUCGAGACGGGCAUGCUGCCUGACCUUGACGACCAGAUCCGUCGGGCGCUGGAGUGGUCUGGGUCGCAUGUUGAUCUUCCUCCUGGGCCCAUCAAAUGGAUCCAGACUGCGGGUGGCGAUAGGAAAGCUAUUGCCACUGGGACCGAUGCAGAGCAGAGGGCGGUUGAGGUCGCGACGUUGCGAGCUCCGUCGAGCGAGAAAUACCCUGAAGACCGAAUUGUUGAAGAAUAA